AUGCAACAAUUACCCAAAAUAGGACUAUUGGCAGUAUCAAUGGCAUUGAUUUGCCACACAUAUUCUCCAUUGCAACCUAUACAGUCCUCAAUUGGUUUCGCAGUUCUGGGAUAUUUGUUAUCAGACUACCUCAUCCCUGCCACGGCGCCCUAUUUCAUCAAGAUUGGUCUAUUUGGAAAGGACUUGAGUAAGAAAGAUAAACCAGUCAUUCCGGAAACGAUUGGAAUUAUUCCUGCUGUAGUCUAUCUUUUUAUCAUGUUCUCAUUUAUCCCAUUCAUGUUUUUCAAGUUUCUAGUCGUGGAUACUAGUGGAGGAGGAUCUAGGGACACAGGUGUCGAUUUGGAGACAGCUGACUCCAAUUAUUUUCCACACAACAAACUAUCUUCAUAUCUAAGUGGUAUACUUUCGUUGGAAAGCAUGGUAUUGUUAGGACUGUUAGAUGAUCUCUUUGAUAUAAGAUGGAGGCACAAGUUCUUUCUUCCCGCUAUUGCAGCUAUACCUUUAUUGAUCGUCUAUUAUGUUGACUUUGGUGUUACACAUAUCCUUAUCCCUACUUUCAUCAAGAACAUCUUUGGAUUUGAAGCCGUUUCCAUAGAUUUAGGUGCUCUGUAUUAUGGAUAUAUGGCAGCCGUCGCCAUAUUUUGUCCGAACUCUAUAAACAUUCUUGCUGGAAUCAAUGGUCUUGAGGUUGGGCAGAGUGUGGUUUUGGCAGUUCUUUUACUACUGAAUGAUUUCUGCUAUCUAAUUCCAGCGUCUCUUAGAUCAACUCCCGCAUAUGAAACACAUCUGAUGUCAACGUGUAUUUUAGUGCCCUUUCUAGGAGUCUCCCUUAGCCUUUUGAAAUUCAACUGGUACCCCGCUAAAGUAUUUGUAGGUGAUACUUUCUGUUAUUUUAGUGGUAUGGUCUUUGCAUUUGUUGGUAUUUCAGGUCAUUUUUCAAAGACACUGUUACUGUUUUUUCUUCCCCAGAUUUUCAACUUUGUUUACUCCAUUCCACAAUUGUUUGGCCUUGUAGAAUGCCCAAGACAUAGGCUGCCCCGGUUCAAUGAAGAAGAUAACAUGAUGUAUCCUUCUCAUGCUGUGUUUAAAAAACGAUUGCCCAAACUUAUAGAAAAGGGCAUGCUAAUUUUGGAAGCUUUAGGACUAUUAGAGGUUGUUAAAGAAGAAAUGAAGACUGACAAUAAGACCGAGAUAAUAAUCAAAGAGUGUUCCAAUUUUACCCUUAUCAACCUUGUACUGGUUUGGUUUGGGCCAAUGAGAGAAGAUAGGUUGUGCUUUGUCAUUCUACUACUGCAAUUCAGCAUUGGAUUGAUAAGUCUCGUGGCAAGACAUACAAUUGCAGCACUUCUAUUUGGAUACGAUAAUCUUAGUAUUUUCAAUCUCAGCAUACUGAGUUCCAACUAA